AUGAUACACUUUCUGCUGUUGGUUUCUCGUCAAGGAAAGGUUCGCCUUUCACGAUGGUACUCUCCUAGUUGUAGUAGUACUGGCAGCAGUGGUGGUGGUGGGGGAUUUCCAGCUGCUGGAAAACAGAAAAGGGGUGAAUUGCUACGAGAAGCUGCUUCGAAAGUUCUUCAGAGAAGCGCUAAGAUGUCGAAUGUUGUCGAAUGGAGAGAAGACACGCGUCUUGUGUAUAAGAGAUAUGCAAGCUUGUUUUUCAUUGCCUGCAUAGACAGUGGCGACAACCCUCUGCUGACGCUUGAGAUGAUACAUCACUUCGUUGAAAUUUUGGACAGUUACUUCGGGAACGUCUGCGAACUCGAUCUCAUCUUCAAUUUUCACAAGGCAUACUACCUUCUGGAUGAGACCAUCUGCGCAGGAGAACUUCAAGAGUCAAGUAAAAAAGUAGUACUACGUGUGAUUAAUGCACAAGACGCUUUGAUGGAGGAAAGCCACGAGAAAGGCGGUAGCAAGUUGACGUAG